UGGACCCGAACCCAGCUGCAGUGAAGGGAAACGUUCCUCCACGUUUUGGGAGUUUUGUGACGAGAGAGCAGCGGAGAAACGCGGAGAAAGACUCAAGAGAGAAUGCGUUCCAGCAGUCUCUGGACUGCUUCUCCAAAAGAAUCACGGCCUGUCAACAUCAUGUUGCUUUACCUGGUGUUCAUCUUACUCAUCUCUGCUGUGGAGUUAUCCAUUGACUGCCCAGAGCUCUGCAUGUGCAAUGCCCCAGACUCAAUAUUUUGCAACAAUAGAAAGUCCACCUCUGUACCUCAUGUCCCUGUCACCACCCAGCACCUAUACAUCUUCCACAAUAACAUUCCCACUUUGUCCCAAGAUGACUUCAGAGACCUAGGAGAGUUGGUGACUCUAGAUCUGAGCCAAAAUGUGUUGGCAGAAGUUCCUGACAGGGUAUUUGAAUCACUGUCAAAGUUAAAGAACUUAGACCUGUCUACUAACAGCAUUACUCACAUUUCCAAAGAGAGUUUCUAUGGAUUGGUUCAGUUAGAGAGGCUGUAUCUCCAAGGGAACCGAAUUCAGAGCAUUCAUUGGGAAGCUUUUGAAGGUUUAGAGAUGCUAUUGGAACUCAAGCUGCAAGGUAACUUGCUCACCUCUCUGCCUUCUCUUUAUUUUCCCAGUCUUCUUCUUUUAGACCUUAGUCACAAUUACAUCCCAACUUUGGGACACUCAGACCUCCACACCCCCAAUUUAGAGGCCCUUAAAUUGGUGUCCUUAGGGCUAACCUCUGUGGAUGAAGAUGUCAUAGGCUCAAUGAAGAACCUCCAUGAGCUUGACUUAUCAGGCAACAAAUUAAUUGAAGUCCCUCAGGCCCUGAGGCAAGACUCCCUCAAGGGGCUAAUCAAACUUAGCCUGGCAUCCAACCCACUACUUGAGCUGAGGAUAAAGGAAUUCCAAAAACUGGUUAGUCUUCAAGAACUAGAUCUCAGUGGACUUAAUCUUCAGGGAUUUUCUGAUGGAUUUUUUGAAAGCUUUCCAAGGUUGAUGCACUUGACUGUUGCUGAGAACCCAUUAAACUGCCAGUGUCCAUUAGCCUGGUUCCCUAUUUGGCUAAAAGAGAAGGAAGUGAAGUUGAAGAAGCCUCAGAUAACCAGAUGCCAUUUUCCUCUAGUUAAUGCUGGAAAGAUGCUUUCGGAAUUGGAGUACAAAGACUUUGGAUGUGCACCAACCACAACAGAAUAUAUUGGCUUUGUCAAAGGAAAUACUUUUGCUCCACAAAUUCCAACCACACCUCCAGACAUGAUCCAUACUAAAGCCAUUCCUCCCCCUCUGCCACCUAGUGAAGAAACCAUUUCUUCAAAAACAGAUAAUUACCCCAUUCAUCCAGAACAUCCCGUCUCACCCAGCUCUAGCAGAGAGGAAAACGAGCAGCAUUUCUGUCCACCAAACAUUUGUCUCAAUGGGGCUACUUGUACUCUUGACUCUCUUGGUUUUGUCAGCUGUUCAUGUCCCUCUGGAAUAUCUGGCCUCUUUUGUGAGAAUGAGUUAGAAGAUCCUGAGCCACAGCAACCUUCAACAACAAAAGUUCCUUCAGUUGCCCCUGCGAUGCCCAGUAAACCUGAUGCAAUCACCUCUCUUCACGUGACCUCCACAUCAAUCCAUCUAGACCUGCACCACUUCAUUGAGACACGGCCAAAUAUUCGUGGCAUCAGAUUGACUUACCGCAAUCUUUCAGGGCCUGAUCGCCGCCCUAUCAUACUGAGCUUGCCAACAUCCUACCCUGAAUACACUCUGCGUGGUUUGAGACCCAACUGUACCUACUCUGUUUGUGCCAGUCCCCUUGGAGAGAAAAACAUUGUUAAGAGUAACAGCUCAAUAGAGUCAGGGUCAUGUACAGAGGCUCGCACUGAGGGUGUGCUUGUGACUUCAGUACAGCCUCAAGUGAAUGGACAUACCUCUAUAUCAAGCACGCUCAUCACAGCUCUUGCAGUCCUAGCAUUGGUGCUGGGCUUGGCUGUGAUGGUUGGGACCUUAAUCUGUCUGCGGAGGAAGAGGCGGGCAAAUGCAGGUAUGGAGCUAGAGCUGGGUCCAGCUGAUCCAGACCCCACUGAGUUAGACAGUAUAAAAUCUUGCCUGGACAAUGGGGUAAAUGGUACCCUACCUCUCAAGCAACCAGAGAAAGACUUUUGCCAGACUUCUCAACUGCCGUUAUUGUUUCAACAAAAUGGUCAUUUGGACUAUGAAUCACCACUGAUGCAAGGACAAUGUCCAUCGAAUAACAAUCUAGCAUCCCUUAAACCAUCUUAUUUCUAA